UGUGUAAUAGUUUCUUUCUAGAGCUCCCCUGCAAAGGCGGCGGAGAGGCUGGAGCGUUGCAAUUCCAAAGCCUGAAAAGAGAGAGAGAGAGAGAGAGAAAGAGACUUUCCUUUCGAUUUUGAGGCCGCCAGAAACCGGAGCACGAACUUUCCCGGGGGCGGAAGGGAAGCGCGCUCCCUUCACUUUCGGCUGGGGCUCAGAAAUGGAAAGGGACCCUUAGUGGCUCUCCAUCCUUUCCGGGGCAGUUGCUCCAGCAACGAAGCGGAGUCUAUUGUAGGCUGCGGGGCUUCCUCCAGAGAGGGGAGCCACAGCCGCCGUUCUUCUCCCCGGCUGAGGCGGGGCCUGCCUGGUAGUCCAAAAGAAAAAGGACGGAUCUAAUCAGACCGGCGGAGCUGGAGAGGAGUAGGGUGGGGAGGAGGAGGAAGAAGAGGAGGGAUUCGGCCCCAGCCAGCCAGUCUCCGAAAGCAGCUUGCAAUUAGCCUUUUAAAAAUGGCUGCUUUCAAAGUGUCAGCUGGGACAGACGGAGGCUUUUAACUCUCGCCCUUCCUUCCGCCCCUCACACCCCGGCUUGCAAGGCGGGAUAAAAAAAACAAAAACAAAACACCAGAACCCCCGCUUCCCUCCCGGCCUCCGGCCCGCUGCUCUGCGAUGCUGGGAGGACGCUGAGGAACGGCGCCCUCCUUGCCUUGAAGGAGCGAGAGCAUCCCCCCCCCACCUCCGCUGCCCUCCUUGCUCUCCCGUUGCUGCUGCUGCAAGAGUCGGGACUACAGGAGGCGGAGGAGAGGGGCUGCUUCUUUUUUUUCUUUUGCGGGCGCGGGGGGAACCGGACGCCAUGUGGUGAGAAGAAGCGGCGAGGGCAGGAGAGAAGCCUCCGCUCAUGGAAAGUGGGGGGCAAUGAGCCCCAAGGACGACGAGGAAGAGGAGGCGGCAAGCGGGUCGCCAGCGUUGUACCUGAAGAACCCGGCGGAGAUGGUGGUGUGAGAAGCGUCGGUGAGGAAGCUUCUCGGUUUCCUUCGGGAGUCUCCAGCCCCUUCCCUACCUGCGCCCCGUUUCUUCAACCUGUUUUAAAAGCCCCUUCUUUGGAGCGAUGUGCGUGGGGCGGCUUUCCUCCUGUUUAAACCUCCCCGAGGAACUGGAUUAAUUCAGCCUUCCUCGCUCCCCUGUCGCGGUUCGUCAGGCAGGCCGGUUGCGGAUGUGCUUUGUGGGCAAAGAUGCUGGAUCUGUUGGGGAAAGUCCUGCGCAGAACAGAAGGCCCUCCUGUAAUCCUGGGAACCUGGAGACCUUUUUCUUCCUCCUCCUCCUCCUCCUGCUGCUUUGCUACCUUCAUGGAUAUAAAUAACUGGCUGCUCUUUUACGGGAUCCUCUACCUGGUGCUGUAUGCCCAAGUUUCCCAGUCUAAGACUUGUGAAAGAACCCCGUGCUUUGCUGGUCGAUGUGUCAAUUCCAGUUGCCUCUGUGAUCAAGGCUGGGUGGGGGAUCAAUGCCAGCAUUGCCAAGGCAGGUUCAAGUUAACUGAAUCUUCUGGAUAUUUAACGGAUGGGCCCAUAAAUUAUAAAUACAAAACUAAAUGUACAUGGUUAAUUGAAGGAUACCCUAAUUCAGUUUUACGAUUAAGAUUUAAUCAUUUUGCAACAGAAUGUAGUUGGGAUCAUAUGUAUGUUUAUGAUGGAGAUUCAAUAUAUGCACCUUUAAUAGCUGUAUUUAGUGGUCUUAUAGUUCCAGAAGUACAUGGAAAUGAAACUGUACCUGAAGUAGUAACUACAUCUGGCUAUGCACUGCUACACUUUUUUAGUGAUGCUGCUUAUAAUCUAACAGGAUUUAAUAUUUUUUACUCAAUUAAUUCAUGUCCGAAUAACUGCUCAGGACAUGGGAAAUGCACAACUAGUGGCUCAAUACCAAGCCAAGUAUAUUGUGAGUGUGACAAGUAUUGGAAAGGAGAAGCCUGUGAUAUCCCUUAUUGUAAAGCUAACUGUGGAAGUCCUGAUCACGGUUACUGUGAUUUGACAGGAGAGAAACUUUGUGUCUGCAAUGAUAGUUGGCAAGGUCCUGAUUGUUCUUUGAAUGUCCCCUCAAUGGAAUCAUAUUGGAUUCUGCCUAACGUGAAACCAUUUAGUCCAUCUGUGAGCAGGGCUUCGCAUAAGGCAGUUCUUCAUGGAAAGUUUAUGUGGGUAAUUGGUGGAUAUGCAUUUAAUUACAGUACCUUCCAGAUGGUAUUAAACUAUAAUUUGGAAAGCAGCAUUUGGAAUGUGGUGCCUAUAUUGAAAGGACCCCUUCAGAGAUAUGGACAUACUAUUGCUUUAUAUCAGGAUGACAUUUACAUGUAUGGAGGCAAAAUUGAAACAAAUACCGGUAAUGUCACUGAUGAAUUAUGGAUUUUCAACAUACCAAGUCAGACCUGGAGCCUUCGAAUUCCGGCAGUGCUUGUUCAUGGCCAGCAAUAUGCAGUCGAAGGUCACUCAGCACACAUAGUGGAACUUGACAGUAGGGAUGUUAUCAUGCUUGUGAUUUUUGGUUACUCUGUAAUAUAUGGCUAUUCAAGCAGCAUUCAAGAGUAUUAUAUCAGAUCAAAUUCUUGGCUUGUACCAGAAACAAAAGGUGCAAUAGUACAAGGUGGAUAUGGCCAUACCAGUGUCUAUGAUGAUACAACAAAGUCUGUAUAUGUUCAUGGAGGCUACAAAGCAUUGCCCAGUAAUAAAUAUGGAUUAGUUGAUGAUCUUUACAAAUAUGAAGUUAAUACUAGAACAUGGACAAUUUUAAAAGAGAGUGGCUUUGCAAGAUAUCUCCACUCGGCUGUUUUGAUGAAUGGAGCGAUGUUAAUUUUUGGUGGAAACACUCAUAAUGAUACAUCAUUAAGUAAUGGUGCAAAGUGUUUUUCUGCUGAUUUCCUGGCCUAUGAUAUCGCCGCAGCAGAUGACAGAUGUUACAAAUAUGCAGACUGUGCCAGUUGUACUGCUAAUACAAAUGGCUGUCAAUGGUGUGAUGAUAAGAAGUGCAUUUCUGCAAACAGUAACUGCAGCAUGUCAGUGAAGAACUACACCAAAUGUCAUGUGAGAAAUGAACAGAUAUGUAAUAAGUUGACUAGUUGCAAAAGCUGUUCACUAAACCUCAAUUGCCAGUGGGAUCAGCGACAGCAAGAAUGUCAAGCUUUACCAGCUCACUUAUGUGGAGAAGGAUGGAAUCAUGUUGGAGAUGCUUGCCUUCGUAUAAACUCUAGUCGUGAAAACUAUGACAAUGCCAGACUUUAUUGUUAUGGCUUAAAUGGGAUUCUUGCUUCACUAACAACUUCCAAAGAGGUAGAGUUUGUUUUGGAUGAAAUACAGAAGUACACUGUCCAGAAAAUAUCUCCUUGGGUGGGUCUACGCAAGAUUAACAUCUCCUACUGGGGAUGGGAUGAUAUGUCUCCCUUUACGAAUACAACAUUGCAGUGGCUUCCUGGAGAACCAAAUGAUUCUGGAUUUUGUGCCUAUCUUGAAAGGGCUGAAGUAGCAGGUUUAAAAGCAAAUCCUUGUACAGCUAAGGUGGAUGGCCUUGUCUGUGAGAAACCUGUUGUUAGUCCAAAUCAAAAUGCUCGGCCUUGCAAAAAGCCAUGCUCUUUAAGGACCACAUGUUCCAACUGUACCAGCAGUGGCAUGGAAUGCAUGUGGUGUAGCAGCACAAAACGAUGCGUUGACUCAAAUGCUUACAUUAUCUCCUUUCCAUAUGGCCAGUGUUUAGAGUGGCAAACUACCACUUGUUCUCCUCAAAACUGUUCGGGGUUGAGGACUUGCAGUCAGUGUCUGGAACAUCCAGGAUGUGGAUGGUGCAAUGAUCCCAGUAAUACAGGCAAAGGCCAUUGUGUAGAAGGCUCAGCAAGAGGGCCAGUGAAAUUCAGUGGGACACAUUCUACUGAAAUAGUUAUUGACAACAAUCUUUGUGCUAAAGAAAAAAAUUACGAAUGGUCUUUUAUCCAAUGCCCAGCUUGCCAAUGUAAUGGACAUAGCACCUGCAUUAAUGGCAAUGUAUGUGACCAAUGCAAAAAUCUAACUACUGGAAAACAGUGUGAAACAUGCAUGCCCGGUUAUUAUGGAGAUCCAACAAAUGGAGGACAGUGCACAGCCUGCACAUGCAGUGGUCAUGCAAAUAUAUGUCACAUGCAAACAGGAAAAUGCUUCUGUACAACAAAAGGAAUCAAAGGAGACCAGUGUCAACUUUGUGACUCUGAAAAUAGAUAUCUUGGUAAUCCACUCAGGGGAACAUGUUACUAUAGUUUACUGAUUGACUACCAGUUUACCUUCAGUCUGUUACAAGAAGAUGAUCGUCAUCACACCGCCAUAAACUUCAUUGCAAAUCCUGAACAGUCAAACAAAAAUUUGGACAUAUCAAUUAAUGCAUCAAAUAACUUUAACCUGAAUAUCACAUGGUCCAUUGGCUCUACUGCUGGAACAAUAUCUGGAGAAGAGAUUUCUGUAGUUUCGAAGACUAAUAUCAAGGAAUACAGGGACAGUUUUUCCUGUGAAAAAUUCAAUUUCAGAAGCAACCCAAAUAUCACUUUCUACGUAUAUGUCAGCAACUUUUCAUGGCCAAUCAAAAUACAGAUUGCGUUUUCACAGCACAACACCAUCAUGGACCUGGUGCAAUUUUUUGUUACUUUCUUCAGUUGUUUCUUGUCACUGCUACUGGUUGCUGCUGUGGUCUGGAAAAUCAAGCAAACCUGUUGGGCUUCUCGGCGGAGAGAGCAACUUUUGCGAGAGCGACAGCAGAUGGCCAGCCGUCCUUUUGCUUCUGUGGAUGUAGCACUCGAAAUAGGAGCUGAGCAAACAGACUUUCUACGAGGUCCAUUAGAGGGUUCUCCAAAACCAAUUGCCAUUGAGCCUUGCUCAGGAAACAAAGCAGCUGUACUCACUGUGUUUUUAUGCCUGCCAAGAGGAUCUCUAGGCGUUCCACCACCUGGUCAAUCAGGGCUGGCAAUUGCAAGUGCACUGAUAGACAUUUCACAACAGAAGCCCUCAGAGUCUAAAGAUAAGAGUUUGGGAAUCAGAAAUCGAAAGCAUCACCUUUCAACCCGUCAAGGGACUUGCGUCUGAGAAAACAAGAAUGCAUUUGUAUAUUCUGUAUUGUUUUAUUCUUCUCCCCCUCCCCAAACUUUUUUUUAAAAAGAGUUUCCAUUGAAAGCUAAAAUACAGCCUCAGUUUUUAUGGAGGUGAUCUCUGGAUGGUGGCAAAGACGAUGGUAAGAAGUAUCAACUUAGAUGAAUUAACAUGUCUUCUUCCCACUGAGCCCCCAAAGUCCUAAUGGGCAAUGUGAAUAUAUCGGCUGAACCUGAAGAAAAUAUUUUAACAUCAGUAGUAAUAUAAAAUAUUUCUCCACAAUUUUUUUAGUAUCCCUACCAGGAAAAAAGGAAAAAAUUAUAAAUUGCUUUAUAAUGGGAAAGGAAAUAUAUUAUUGAAAUGUUAAAUAUUUUGAAGGACUCGUUACAUAGUUAGAAGUAAUAGAUUACCAGUGUUUCAGUUUGAUCACUAUUCGGACACAUUUAAUUAAAUCAAACAAGAACUGACAUAAUUAGGGAUAUACUGUAAAUAUUAUAACUGCCAGAUGUAACAAUAGAACUCAAGCUAGAAAUACAAACAUGUAUUUCAGUGAGCCAAAUAUAACAAGAAUAAAAUACAUGUAUUACAAUAAGUAAAAAAAUUGAUACAUUAAUAUCAACAUAUCUUUCAAAAGCAGGGUAAAGUAUAAGUUCAGAAUGUGGAAUGCAGCAGAAAGCUCAUUCCUGUAUUCCUUGCCAAACUAACUCUUUGUAAGAGGGGGGGAAACCAAUCCGUCAGCAAGGUAUCCACAACCAUUCUGCCCUCCCCUUUACAGCCAUGUUAAGAAUUGCAAGACAUGAGAGGGCGGAGUUGAAAAACUUUACAUUCCUAUAUAAAACUGCCUUGAAUUCUGCAUUAAUACUGGUAAUACUAAUAAUACUGAUGGCCCAUGAAAUCCAUGGACUUAAAGCUUGUUGCAGAUUUUAGCCUUAGUAUCCAAUGGGAAAAUCAUUGCCAUAAUCACUACCGAAUAAUGUUAUUCUGACUAUAUUCUCCCCUUUAUUGCAGCUAUUAAAAGUCAUCUCCCCUAUUAGAAGCAAAUAUAUAUUCUUCUCCCUUAAUAAAACAUACAUUGAAGUAUCCAAUGGCCUACUAACGGUUUUAUUCCUCAAGGCUGUUGGAAUGACUUUUCAGUAUAGGCCGUUACCAAAUUGCCUAUCAAAAGGAAAGAAGGAAACAAUUUUUAGCAUGUCAAUUUCCAUCCUUUUCUUUAUGCAGACUACUGCUUCAUCAAAAGUCACCUCAUAAGCUAUGGGCGAGCAAAUUGGUACCUGUAGGCAUCAGAGGAUACAUAUCUUCCUAUAGUGUCCAUAAAACUCCAACAUUAAAUCAAAGUUUUUUUUUAAAAAAAACCCUUCACAUAUCUAAAAUAUUUGCAGUAUUCCAAAUCUAAAUGCAUUUUUGCUCAUUUGAAACUUGUGAAAUUUGGGGUGGCUAUGCCAGAAUCUAAUAAGAUGUGGCAGUGCCCCAAUAUUUUGGCCAUACUCUCACAAGGGUUCACCUGCAGAACCUCAUAAACCACUGGUGUUUCCUAGACCAUAAUCUAAGAAACACUGGUCUAGAUAUUUGAAAACAAAUAAUAAUUAUGAUACACUUUUAUUGCUUCAUAAUUGCUGCUUAAUUGUGAAUACACUUUAUGUUUUCAGCAGCCGUUCUUUUGUUGAUGAAAGGCUUUGUGAUCCAAUUAGGUUCCCAUAGAAGGGAGAUCUGGUUUUUGCCAUUUUCCUGUGUCUCCUUCUGCCAGCCCUACCCACCCAUACACAGAUUCCACACACACACACACACAUUGCUACAAUACAGUUCUCUAAAUAUAAGGAAGACUAAUGUCAUAUUUAAUGAGAAAAGGAUCUUUCAGAGGUUUAAUCAAUUUGAUAACAUGCUCUUUAGGCUUCCUGGUCUCAAAUCUAGAAAACACAAAGUGCAUUUAAAUAAUAGAAAUGCUGUUUAAGUACUUAAUUUGUUUACUUAAUCUUAUUCAUCGCAGUGUACAUUAAAUGCACAAUUUUAGUUGAAGUUGGUAUGUACUCAAAACUGGUAAUAGCAGAUUACAUGUUCCAGUGGACUUGUUAAAAUCCCAAGGAAGAACAGAACAGCAGUUCUUAGUCUGCAGAGCUGCUAUUGUGGUAAUUAUGCACAGAGGUAUAAACUCUUACCAGCGGUGGAGUUGUGUUAAUUAAAAAAGGUAUACAACUAUAAUUGGUGUUUAUAUUAUAUUUUCAUUUUCUUCCAGGAAGGGAAAAGAUUUAACUGUUUACAGUUUGACUACAUAGUUCCUUGCAUGUCAAGAUGGUGCAGUAGCAGUAAUAAAAGGCCUGUUUGUGACUUGAUGGUGUUUCUCUUUAAAAAUAAGUUUACUUAAUUUGGAUGAGGAGUGAGGUUUUGAAAAAAAAUAAGAUAGAAAUUCAUUAAAUGAACUGUUGUACAGUAUGUAGUUCUCUCUCAUCCAAGAUCUUUGGAUUACAUUUUUAUCAUGAUUGCUCUACUGUUUUUGAUUCAUUGCUCAGUGAUAAAUUAUGCAGGCAUGAUUGUUGGAACAUUUUCAUUCUCAAAAGGAGACUGAUUAUUACUCACGUUAUGUUUCCAAGAUGUGAUGAUUUUGUUUUAAAUUCAAUUUAUUAUUCUAAAACAAAGGGUCCCAGUUCUGCAGGCAUUUUUGCGUUAAUAAGUCUAUUGAUAACUUUAUAUACAUAUAAAUACUUACAGAAUUAGGGAGAGGGUGGGCUGUUGCUAUCAGAAAAAAAAUCGGUUAAUGAACUUUUAUAGCUCUGAUAAGGCUCUUGUUUUUUUUGUUUUUUUUUAAAUGCCUUCUAUUAUGCGAAUAGAGACCAAUUUCAUUACAAUGGGCAUGUAUGAGGAGUAAGGGGAUUAUUCAGAGAAUAACAAAAGAGAAAUAAAA